UUUCUCCGCCUUUUUGCCGUGUCUUUGCUGGUAGCAAGCACCACGAUCAUCGACGCAGGCACCAACAACCUUCCCCAGGUCCAAGUUGACUCCAGCUCCGACUACAAGCAAGGUGAAGUCAUGCCCGCCGAUCAAACGGCAGCAAGUAGCGCCGAAGUCUCCCAAGAAUCCCCCACUCAGGGCAACCCCAGCCAAACCAAUUCUGGUAACUACGACCCUGCUCAACACUCCGGGAGCUAUGGCGAAUCCCAGAAGCAGACUCCGCCUGUCUUCACGGGCAAGUGCACUCUCACUGGAGACUACGUCAACAACACAGACGUGAGUGCGUGCAACACCAUCGUCAUCGACUCUCUCCGGGUGCCUGCAGGCGUCCAGCUGAAUUUGACUCAGUUGCAAGACAAUGCCAAGAUCAAGUUCCAGGGCACCUCCACCUUUGGGCCGAAGUUAUGGUCGGGUCCGCUGGUCAAGGUGAGAGGAAACAACAUCACUGUCACUGGUCCCGGUACACUUGACGGCCAGGGCGCUUGGUGCUGGCCCCAAGGCCGAAAGGUCACGAAGCCGGUCUCCUUUAGGAUCCUCGAGACGAACUACUCUACAUUUUCCGGGUUCAAGAUGUUGAACAUGCCGUAUCGCACGUUCAACGUCUGGGACUCGAGCUACACCACCAUCAACGGGCUCACACUCAACUCCAGCGCCGGAGAUGGGGUCGCCAAAAACACGGACGGGUUCGAUCUGAGCCGGAACAACCACCUCACGAUCACCAAGAACCGCAUCUACAACCAGGAUGACUGCCUCGCCAUGCAGUCGAGCGCCAACACCGUAUAUAGCGACAACUACUGCAGCGGCUCUCACGGUAUUUCUAUCGGUUCUCUCGGUGGCCCAGUGCUGAAUUCGUCCUACACGGUGAAUGGACUCAAAGUCACGGGAAACACCAUUGUGAACAGUACCAACGGCAUCCGCAUCAAGACCACCAUCGACCUCCAGGGGCUCGUCACCAACGCCGUCUACACGAACAACCAGCUCGUCAACGUGACCAACGCCAUCGUGAUGCACUCGGACUACAACAAGACCAAGGGCGGCUAUUCAGGCAAACCCACGAGUUUGGUUGCGAUCAAGAAUAUCAAGAUCAACGGACUCAAGGGUACGGCGACAAACCUGUACGACCUCCUCGUCACAGUAAAAGAAAAGUCGCAACAACAAGUAUAUUUUCUCGCGAUCCCCUUUCUCCGCGUACUUUGUAGUACGCGGAGAAGGGGUCGCGAGAAAAUAUACGUGUUGUUGCUUCUUUUCUUUUACUGUGACUAG